AUGCCUAUUAAAAUUCUUCUUGCACGGCAAAUAUUUGAUGCUACUGGCGUCCCCACAGUUGAGGUGGACAUGGUGACAGAACUGGGCUUGUUCCGAGUAGGAGUACCUUCUACCGAUACCAAGAAAAUCGCCGAAGAUAUACAACUUCGUGACAAUAACCCCGCCGAAUACCACGGUAUGGGGGUAACGAAUGCUGUCAAAAACAUCAACACCAUCAUCGCUCCUGAACUCAUCAAACAAAAUCUUGAGGUCACCAUGCAAAAAGAGAUAGAUCAAUUCUUAAUCUCUCUCGACGGGACAGAGAACAAAUCAAGGUUGGGCGCUAAUGCUAUUAUGUGCGUUUCUCUAGUUGUGGCAAAAGCAGGUGCAGCGAAAAAAGGCGUGCCUCUAUACAGACACAUUUCAGACAUGGCUGAAAUCACAACCAUUAUAUUACCAGUUCCACAUUUUACCAUAUUGACUGGAGGUAUUCUAGCUUCCAACGGUUUGCCAUUCCAGGAAUACUGUAUAAUGCCGACAGGAGCUUCAUCAUUCGCUGAGGCUAUGAAAAUGGGCGUUGAAAUUUAUCGUUACGUCAAGAAUGUUAUCAGUAGCAAAUAUCCAGCUGAAUCUUUAUAUGUUAGUGACAGCGGUGGCUUUGCAAUACCUUUGGAAAGCCAUCGAGAUGCUUUGCUGUUUCUAACCGACGCUAUUAAGCAAUGUGGGUAUAGUAACAAGGCGGAGAUAGCUAUCAAUGCAGCUGCGAGUGAUUUUUAUAAAGACGGUGCUUACGACUUGGAAUUUAAAAAUCCUAAUUCCAAUCCUCAAGAUUAUAUGUCGUCGGAUAAACUAGCUGAGGUGUAUUUAGACAAUAUGAAAGAAUUUCCGGUCUGUUCUGUUCAAGAUGGGUUUGACUUUGACGAUUGGGCAGCGUGGUCUAACUUGGCGGCUCGUACAAACGGGCAGUUAUUCGGUAAUGAUUUAACGCAGACGAAUUUGAGGAGGGUUGGGUUGGCCGUUGAAAAGAAAGCUGGUAACACUCUUGGUUUAAGGCUGAACCAGAGCGGAACAUUAACUGAAGUGAUAGAGGCGUUCAAAUUGAUGAAAGCAAACGGUUUCGGAAUUGUUGUCGUGGAUCGUUGGGGUGAUACUGAGGAUCUAUUUUUAGCUGAUUUAGUGGUAGGUCUAUCGGCUGGACAACUAAAAUGUGGAGCACCUGCACGCUGUGAACGUAUAGGAAAGUAUAACCAGGUGCUACGCAUUGAAGAGGAAUUAGGGGCUCUGUCUAAGUACGCUGGGAAAAACUAUCGCGGCCAACAAUAAAUAAAUUUUAUUAAAAAUAUUUGCACCAAUAAACUAUUUUGGAUGAUAUAUAUAUUUCAUUUUAUUUUUAUUUUACUACUAGCGAAAUAAUUGUGUCUUCUUAGACCGUUGGCAUUCUGUUUUAAACAGUAUAUUAAAAUAAUAAUAAUAUUUGUUAGGCACAAAAUGCAAACCUAACAUAAUUUUGUUACGUCGUGACUAUCUAUCGAAUUAGCAUCU